AUGAAGACAGUUUACUUCAGCAUCAUUGUUCUCGUUGUUGCAUGCUUGCUGCUUGGUACUGAAUCUGCAAUGGCGGCAGAUGUAACAGUGAAGAUCCAAUUCCAAGGGGUGACAACGAUUGCUAAAACAGACGACAACUUUGUGUGCUUAACGUUGGAUUGGUGGCCUGCAAAUAAGUGCGAUCAUAAUCAAUGCCCCUGGGGAAAAGCUGGCAUUCUCAACCUCGAUUUAGAGAACAGGAUUUUAUCCAACUCUAUCAAAGGUGAUCAGUUGAUGUUUCGCAUAUUUGAUUGCUUGUUCACCAAAUCUUUCAUGAAUAUACUGUUGAUCAGUACAUGUUUAAUUAGAGAGGUAACUGCUUCAAAUAAUCACCUUGAAAUUGCAGCAUUCAAUCCUCUUCGAAUCAGAAUCGGGGGUUCACUGCAAGACCAAGUGGUCUACGAAGUGGGAAAGGUCAAGAAAUGCCCAUAUUUCAAGAAGAUAAAAGAUGGUAUGUUCGGGUUUAGCCAUGGCUGCCUGCCAAUGCAAAGAUGGGAUGGCCUCAACAAUUUGUUCAAUCAAACUGGAGCCAAAAUCACAUUUGGUUUGAAUGCUCUUAGUGGGAGGAAGAAGUCUGCGAAUGCUAAUGAUGACGUUCUGUGGGUCGGUGAUUGGAACCCUAAAAAUGCUCGAGAUUUCAUGGAGUAUACCAUCUCAAAGGGAUACGAAACUGACUCAUAUGAACUUGGAAAUGAGUUAUGUGGAACUGGGGUUUCAGCAAGAGUAGAGGCUGAGCAGUACGCAAAAGACACAAUUGCACUCAGAGAGCUUGUGAACGAAUUGUACCCUGACCCAGCCACACGGCCAAAGGUCCUAGGACCAGCAGGUUUCUAUGAUGAGCAAUGGUUCAAUACCUAUCUUCAAACCACAGGACCAAAUGUUCUUGAUGGGGUAACUCACCAUAUCUACAACCUUGGUUCAGGUACAUAUACAAAUAUUUCCUUCAAUACACAACCUACUUCCUGCGUAGAUCCCACCCUUAUUUACAAGGUUCAAGAUCCAUUUUUUCUGGAUCAAAUUGCUCAAACGUAUAAGGAUAUUUCGAAGUCGAUUGAAGAAUUUGGACCAUGGGCAGGAGCCUGGGUUGGAGAAGCUGGGGGAGCUUAUAAUAAUGGUGGCAAAGAUGUGUCUCACACCUUUGCUAAUGGCUUUUGGUACUUGGAUCAACUUGGAAUGGCUUCAAACUUUAACCACAAGGUUUUCUGCAGACAAGCUUUAAUUGGAGGGAAUUAUGCUCUGCUUAACACAACCACCUUUAUCCCAAACCCAGACUAUUAUGGGGCACUUUUGUGGCAUCGGUUGAUGGGGAGCAAUGUUCUUGGUGUCAUGCAUGAUAGUUCGCCAUACUUGCGUGUUUACUCUCAUUGUUCAAAGAAUAAACUCAUGCAUCAAAUAUUUUGUGUCUGUUUCUUUCCAUCUCAGAAGGGGAUUACUCUUCUAAUCAUCAACAUGUCCAUCUCAACAACAUUUCAUGUAUCAGUUGUUGAUGACAUGAACUUCUAUCCCCAAGGAGCUGCCACCGAUGAGAACAAGUCAUAUAGAGAAGAGUAUCAUUUGACUCCUAAAGAAGGAAACAUUCAAAGCGAUGUCGUGUUAUUGAAUGGCACUCCAUUGCAGCUGACUGACUCUAUGGAUAUCCCUGAGAUGAAUCCAGUACUUGUAGAUGCCUCAACUCCUAUCGACAUUGAUUCCCGUUCAAUCAUCUUUGUAACUUUGACAGGAUUCGAGGCACCUGCUUGUGCAUAAAAAAGUUUUUUUUUUUUUUUAAAGUUUUCUUUCGUAUAU